AUGCUGAGCCUGCCCCCACGGAUGAAAUAUGCUGAAGAAGAGAUGACAAAUGACACUUCCAUGGGCAAAUUUGUCCUAUUGGGUUUCUCUAACCACCCCGACCUGAAUCUCAUGCUGUUCAUGGUGUUUCUGUGCCUUUACAUCAUCACCGUGCUGGGCAACCUCCUCAUCAUCGUCGUCAUAAAUGUCGACCCAGCCCUUCACACCCCCAUGUAUUUCUUCCUUAGGAACUUGUCCUUCCUUGAGAUCUGCUAUACCUCUGUCACCGUGCCGAAGAUGCUGGCCAACUUCCUCGCCGAAGAUAAAUCCAUCUCCUUUUUCAGUUGUGCUGUGCAGCUGUAUUUCUUUCUCUUCUUUGCUGUCACCGAGUGCUUCCUCCUUGGGUCGAUGGCCUAUGACCGGUACAGCGCCAUCUGCAACCCGUUACGCUACACGGCCGUCAUGGAUAAGAAGGUUUGCAACAAACUGGCUGCAAGCUCGUGGAUCAGUGGCAUCCUGGUGGCCCUGGGACACACGGCCUUUAUCUUUCAGCUUCCCUUUUGUGGCUCCCACGUGAUUGACCACUUCUUCUGUGAGAUCCAGCCACUGCUGAAGUUGGUGUGUAGGGACACCUAUUGGAAUGAGAUCCAAAUCAUUGUAGCAGCUGCCUUCGUCCUCCUGAUACCCUUCUUGUUGAUCAUGGUAUCCUACAUCUGUAUCAUCUCCACCAUCCUGAAAAUGCAGUCCGCCGAAGGCCGGCGCCGAGCCUUCUCCACCUGCUCCUCCCACCUCAUCGUAGUGACCUUGUUCUACGGGACGGCCCUCGUCAUGUACGUCCGCCCCAAGUCCAGCUUCUCUGCAGAGGUGAACAAGUUGCUCUCUUUGUUCUACUCAGUGUUCACCCCAAUUGUGAACCCCAUAAUCUAUAGCCUCAGGAACAAGGAGGUGAAAGAUGCCUUGAGGAAAACAGGGAUGAAGGUAUUUCACCCGCAAAAAUAG